GAUUAUCAAUACUCACUCACUAGGCGCAGCGACGCGCUUCUGGUGUGAAGGAAUUGCCAUUUCGACCUGCAUUUCGACCUUCGAUCUUACCGCUGUUUCAACUUCACGCUACAACUUUAACUUGUUACAUGGUCAUUAAGCAUAUGCGGCGAUGGCGCGUGACCGCGAGGACCGACGGAGGCGGAAAGCGCUGGACGAUCCAAAUGAGUUGGAUGGUCCCCAGUACUCGAGUUGCUCGAGGCAUGAUAUAAUACUGUCGGGCUCGGACCUGCCGCGCAAGCGCGUCCGCCGCGCCCCCGUGGCCCCGGCGCGCGCUCCGCCCCCGCGCAGCAGCCGCUCACGCUCGCCGGGCCUCGCGCUGCUGCUGCUGCGGCACCCACUGCCCAGCACGCAACAAACCACCUGCCGCAGCAACCGCAGCUGCCGCAGCUGCCGCAACAAACGCGGCCUCAGCCCCAGCAACCCCAUCAGCGGGCCAGUAAUGGUGCAGCUGCCCAGCUGUCGCUUCGUGGGAAUUCUUGGCGCCAACGGCAGCGGCAAGAGCAAUCUGAUGGAAGCAAUCAUGUUCGCGGCGGGCUGCCCGGCGACCGCGCUGCGGGUGCGCACGCUGCGGGAGCUGGCGAGCAGCGAUGCGGCGGAUGCGCCUUGUGAAGUGGAGCUGGUCAUCCGCCGGCGUGCCGCCGCCGCGCCGCCGCAACCUCCCGGUCGCCCUGCCGGCGGCGGCGGCGGCAGUAGGAAGGCAUCCGCCGCCGCCGCCGCCGCCGCCGGUGCGGAGGAGCACGUGGUGCGAGCCUAUCUACUACCGGCGGGCGCGGCGGCGCCGCCGUCAGCAGCGGGCGAGGACAGGGCUGGCGGCGGCGGUGGCGGUGGCGGUGCGGUCCGCAGCUUCCAGAUUGACGGGCGCAACAAGACGGCGGCGCAGGUUAAGGAGUUCCUGGCGGCUCGUGGGUUGGGCCUGGAUGGGGAGGGGCUCACGGGCGGCUCUGGCGGCAGCGGCGGCGGCGGCUGCUCGCUGCGUGUGAUCCGGCAGGCGGCUGUCACCGCGCUGGCAGACCGCAACGACCCUGAGGCCCUGUCCGGCUUCAUCUCCGCCGCCAGCGGUCUGGCGGCGUGGCGGCUGGAGGCGGCGCGCGGGCGGCAGGAGGUGGGGGCCACACGCGCCGCACUGCGCGACAUCGCAGGCAACCUGGACAAACUGCAAGCGGCGGUGCGCGAGGACGAGUCGCGCCUGGCCGCCACCACCCGGCUGCGGCAGCUGGAGGCGCAGCUGGCGGCGGCGGGCGGGCAGCUGAGGGACGGACUGGCGGGCUGGGCGGAGGCGCUGCAGGCGGAGGCGGAGCGUGGCGAGCGCCUACAGCGCGAAAGCAAGGCGGCCCUGCAGGAGGUGGCCAGGGACAGAGAGGCGGCGGAGGCGGACCGGGGCCGGUGUGCUGCGGAGCUGGCGGCAAUGGAGGCGCCGCCCGCUGCCACGGCGGCAGCGGGGGCAGCAACAGGCGCAACGGGAGAGCAGGCGGGAGACGGGGGUGAUGCGGUGACGGGGGGCAGGGGGCGUGGCAAGUAUGCGAGACGGCCCGCGCGCAAGGCGGCGGGUCGUGGCAGCGGCUGCGGUGGCCACGAGGCACAGGCGGCGGCAGGAGGUGCGGCAGUAGCAGCGGCAGUAGCAGUAGCAGCUGAUGGAGCAGCAGCUGGGCCGUCGCCGCUCGCCUCAUGGGCGGACCUGGAGCAGCAGGCGGCAGUAGCACGUGAGAAGCUGCGGCUGUGGCGGCAGCAGCUGGCGGCGGAGGCGCGGCAGCGGCAGGAGCUGGCGGCGGCGGCGGUGGCGCACGCGUCAGUGGCUGCAGCCGCCGCAGCGGCGGCCGCAGAGGCGGCGCAAGCGAGCGAACAGCUGCGGCAGGCUGAGGAGCAAACCGCGAUGUUGCGGGAGGGGCAGGUGGCGGCGGAGGCGGCUGUAGCUCACGCGGCACAGCUGGCGACGGAGGCGGCGGAGGCGGAGGCUGUAGCGGUCUCGCGCCGGCAGCGCCUGGCGACGGCGGAGGCAGCGCAUCGGCGGGCUGUGGAGGCCGCGGCGGCUGUGUGGGCGGAGGCCCAGCUGGCGGGCGACGCGGCCCAGGCGGCGCAGGCGGAAACCGCUGCGGCGGCGGCGGCGGAGGCCGCCGCUUUGCGGGCGGAGGAGGCGGAGGAAGCUGUGGAGACCGUUCGGCUCCAGCUCUCGGAGGUCACGCUGCGGGCCGACGCCCUGCGACGCGCGCUGCAGCUACCGCCGGCAGUGGGGCAGCCGGCGGUGGGCCGCGCCGACGCCGACGGCCGUGGCGGCGGCGGGGGUCUGAGUGGUGGAAGUGGCGGCAUCCGCGCUCGGCGCCUUUACCAGUGCCUGGACCUGCUGCCUCAGCCGGCCGCAGCUACUGCCGCAGCUACUGCCGCAGCUACAACUGCAGCUACUGCCGCAGCUACUGCCACGGGAUCAGCACCAGCGCAGACAGGUCAAGCACUGCCCGCACAGCCCGGAGACGACGAUGGCGGUGGCGGUGGCGGUGGCGACUGGGCUGUGGCUCCGCGGCCGCCCUACCUUCGAGCUCUGGCAGUCAUUGCUGGCGGCAGCCUGCAGGUACUGCUGGUGGACAGGGCCGCAGACGCCGCCCGCCUCCUGCAAGACCCCGCAGCCAUGGCGGCGGCGGUAGCCGCACACGGAGCCGGAGGCGACGACAGCGGCAGCAGUAGGGCAACACACCAGCACCAUCACCAGCACCACCACCACCACCACCACCACCACCAGUUGCAGCAGCAGGCAGCUGUGCCAGGCGGCGGCAGCAGGCGGCUGCGCAUCUGGCCGCUGGACUCGCUGCGGCCGGGUGCGGACCUGAGCCAGCUGCAGCGGCGCGCGCAGCGCGAGCUGGCAGCGCAAGGCCUGCAGUGCUGGCUGCCGCUCGACCUGCUGGCAGCAGCAGCAGCAGCAGAGCCCGGCCUCGGAGCCGGAGCCGGAGCCGGAGCCGGAGGAUCCCUGUCAUCAGCAAGUGCGGCAGGCGCAGCGGCAGGCACGGGCCUGGGUGCCGCACUGCGGCGCGCCUUCGGGCGGCACCUGGUGGCGGGCGACGACGCGGCGGCGGCGGCGUUGGCGGCGCCGCGCUGGCGCCUGUCGUCGGUCACACUGUCCGGCAACGUCAGCCACAGGGGGAGCCUGGCGGGAGGCUGGGACGGGGGGGAGGGCGGCGGCGGCGGCAUGGCGGCGGCGGGUGGUUGCAGCCUGCUGGAGCGGGUGUGGGAGCUGAGCGAGCUCCGGCGGCGGGAGGGGCGACUGCGGGCCGGCCUGGCUCAGGCAGAGGCGCAACUGCGAGACGCGGAACGCGCGAGGGACAGUGCCGAGGCAGCCGCGGCCGAGGCAUCUCAGACGGCACGGCAGGCAGAGGCGGCGCGGCAGCGGCUGGGCGGUAUGGAUUUCCAGCUGCAAGUCACUGCGCGCGGGCUGGCGGCCGCACAGGCAGCCGUCGCCGACGCCGAGACAGAGGCGGCGGAGCGCGCAGCGGCGGCCGCCGAGGCAGCGGUGGUAGCCACGGCUGCUGGUGCGAGCAGUGAUAGUGCGCAGCAGCACGAGCUGUGUGAUGGCGAGGAGCCUGGGGGCUCAGGUGGCGGCGGUGGUGCGGCGAGGCAGCAACAAGCGCAGCGGAGGGCGGCGGCGGAGCUGGAGGCAGGUGUGGGCGCGCUGAGGAGCCGCGUGGAGGCGCUUGAGGCGGCGGCGGUGGCGGCAGAGGAGGCGGCGGAGGAGGCGCAGGCGGUGCUGCUCGAUGCGGAGGCGGCGGCUGCGGGGCUGAUGACGGAGGAGCAGGGUGCGGCUCGGCUGGAGGAGCUGCGAGCGGUGGCAGAGGACCUGGUGGCUCGUGCCAGCGCGGCCAAGGCGGCGGAGGAGGAAGCCAAGAGGCGGCGCGCGGCACUGGCUGUCGCGGUGGAGGAGGCGUCGCAGCGGCUGACCGCGGCAGCGGCGCGCGGGCAGCAGCUGCAGGUGGAGCUGGCCGCGAGCAAGAAGGCCACCACCGCGGCGCGGGAGGCUCUGCAGCGGGUCACGGCCGAGCUCACGGCCGCCCAGCACGAGUACGGCGGCGGCGGCGGCGGCGGCGGCGGCGGCGAUGGCGGCGGCGGCAAUGGCGGCGGCAGUGGCGGAGGCGGCGGAGGCGGCGCUGGUGACGGUGGCGAGGCCGUAGGAAACGACGGUGGCGACGCCACGGCGCAAGGGAGGAGCGCUGCUGCGGACGCGGGUGCGGGGGCAGCAGGUGCGGUGGACGCGGAGGGCCGCUGCUCGGCGGAGGCGUAUGAGCGGCGUGUGGCGCAGCUGCGGACGCGGGUGCGGGCGCUGGGGUUGGAGCGGCAGCAGCUGGCGGGACGGCAGGUGCCGGCGGCCGAGAUGCUGCAGUUCCAGGAGCGGGUGCGCGGCGUGGCUGUGCUACUGGAGCGAGCGUCCGGGCUGGAGGCGGCGGCUGACGCGCUGAGGGAGGCGUUGGACGCGUCCGCUGAGCAGGUGCUGCGUGUGAACGCCGCUGUGUUCCGGGCCGUGGGCCGCCGCUUCGCCGCGCUGUGCGGCCGCCUGCUGCCCGGCCUGCGGGUGGCGCUGGAGGCGGCGGCGGGCGGCGGCAGAGGCGGCGAUGGCGAUAGCGGCGGAGCUGGAGGUGGAGCUGGAGCUGGGGGCGGAGGUGGGGGCGGGGCCUGUCCCAGCCGUGGCGUGGUGAUCCAGUUCUCGCGGCGGCAGCUGCAACAGCACGGCGGUGGAGGAGACGGGGCCGGUGCGGUGCAGGAGCAGGAGGAGUGGAGCCAGGAGCUGGGUCAGCUGUCAGGCGGGCAGCGGACGCUGCUGUCGCUCGCGUUCCUGCUGUCCGUGGCGCUCACGGCGACGGGCGGAGGCGGCAAUGGCGGGGGCACAGCCGGCGGGGGGGCGGACGCCGCGGGAGCGGCGAAACCUGCUGCCCCCGGCACAAGCGGAGGCGGAGGCAUAUUCCUGCUAGAUGAGGUGGACGCGGCGCUGGAUGAGCACAACCAGCAGGCGGCGGCGGGCCUGCUGCGGCACCUGGCGCACCGGCUGGGCGGCUCCGGCUGCCAGGUGCUGGUGGUGAGCCACAACGCCGCGUUCCAGAACCUGUGCGAUGGCUUCAUCCGAGUGACACGAGGCCGGGAGGGGUCGCAGGUGGAGGCAGUGACGGACCGCAGCGUGCGCCCUGAGCCGGCACCUCCGUUGCCUGCCACCGCCGCUGCGAUGGUUAACAGCGGCAGCCGGCACUCGACAGGUGGUGGAGAGCCCGCGAGCGGCCCUGCAGGACGUGGGUCAGCCACGCAGCAGAAGAGGGCAAGGCGCGUGUGACAGCAUUUGAGCGCGCCCACAUGUGCCCAUCAGGGGUGCCCCUGGUGCCCAUGUCUCCUAGCCGAGCGUUUUCUGGGGGUUGGGGGUUGGGGUUUCAGGGGCUUGGGGUCCUGGAGCCGUGGCGAGGUUUUGUAUUAUCGAGUUGGAGAAUAAGCGGGUCGACACAGGGGUCGUAUCUUCAUUUCGGGGUGAUGUCUAGCUCAGACAAAAACGGCCGGGUGGCCGCCGUCUUUUGUCUGGGAACACGGGGGGGGGGGGGUUAGAAAGCUCAGGUUCUUACCCCAUGCUCAAAGUUACAGAGCUUUACGAGAGCAUUAUGCACGUGCUUUCAGUUUUUGUAGGGGGUGGGUCGUCGUCCCUGGGGGUAGGUCCGCCGGGUUUCGGGAGCCCAUCCUGGCGGACUUCGGGAAGCGCCCCACAAGCAGGACUAGGGGCCAAACGCAGCACUACGAGGCUCAUAUGUGCACGUUAUGCCGUAAUAAGCACAAAGAAAGCAUGGAGGGCCAAGUUGCGCGUCGGGGCGUGGACAUGUCGACACAGGUCCCCGAAUUCGACACAUGCGCACUGACACGGCUGGGCUCUCAAGCGCUGGUGCGCAUGAAUUCAUGUCUAAUAAGGCUGCCGAUGCGCAGUGUCCAUUCGUCACGCGGCAGAGAAUUGAGCGCGGGGUGGGUCGAGGGGAUUUCCAUGGGUAGGAUCCCGCCUGUGAUCGAAGUCUCAAAACAGGACCGCUGAUGACACGGAGUGAUAGUGCUCGUCAAGAGGAGUCGAUUGACACCACUUUGGUACUAAGUUGAGGGGUAUUACCACUAAACAA